GCAAUGACAGUGAAUGGGAAUGUUUUGGAAAUGCAGUCUCUUGUCCAAAUCGACUUUCCGUACUUGCAUGUGGAAGGGAAGCGGUUUCGACUGUUGACUUCGAUCAAAAUGGCAGAACAAACGACGCUUGACAGCCUUUUGGAAAUGGGAUUCGAUAGGAAUAGAGCAGAAAAGGCGGUGGCACACACAGGCAAUCAAGGGAUUGAACGUGCUAUGGACUGGCUGAUGGAGCAUGAGGGUGACCCAGACAUUGACGAGCCAUAUGUACCUCCGGUGGGGAAUGUUCUUGGAGGAACAGAAAGCCAGCCAAGCCCAGCCCAACCCUCAACUCAAACAGCUGAAGAGAGCGGAGAGACUGGAGACAUGACUGACAUGAUUCAGGAUGGGAGUACCAAACGGCCAAUGACAGAAGAGGAGAAACGGGAGCAAGUAAAGAGGUUAGAGGAGCUGAUGCGAGUGAAACAGGAAGAGCGGAGAGAGAGGGAGCGAGCGGAGGAGGUGGAGAGGGAGAAGCAGAGGAGGAAGCAGGGCCAGGAGCUGCUGCAUAUCAAACAGAAGCUGCAGGACGAUGAGAUGAAGAAGCUGGCAGAGCUGCGCAGGAGAGAGAAGAUGGAGGACAAAAUGGCCAAACAGAGGGUCAGAGAUAAGAUAGCACGCGACAGAGAGGAGAGAGCACAGAAGUUCGGAGGUGGUUCCUCCAGCACAACAGUCUCCUCCCCCACAGCUGACCCGACCCCCCCCUCACCCACCAGCCAGGGUCCGCCCCCUGCCAAGAAAGAUUAUGAUGAGUGCAGGAUACAGGUGCGAAUGCUGGAUGGCUCAGCCAUCACCGCCGUGUUCAAGGCCCAGGAGCCGCUGGCCGCCGUGAGAGUUUACAUCCAGGUGAACGGCAACACAGCCGAGGGGCAGGACUUCACUUUGUUGUCGCCGUACCCCCGUCGAGUCUACACCGAGCUGGACAUGGAGAAACCACUACGGGAGCUAGGUUUGGUGCCUUCGGCUGUGCUGGUCGUUGCCAAGAAGUGAGAAGUUGCUAGCUAGGAGAGUAGGCGCUAUGAGAGCCUACCUCUUCCUCCACUCAUCACAAAUACAGAAGACACAGGACACUGUUCCAGCUAGCAGCUUUGCUAUGUUAGCCAACCAACUUUGGCUAAACAAGAUAAAACUUAUCAUUGACAGAAUUUUUAAGAAUUUUGGUGGCCUGAAGUGUCUUGUAGUCAAUUACUAUAUCAUUUUUUAUCACUACAAUGUUUUGUUAGCUGGCCAAUCGGUCAAUGCAGUUUUCUGGAACAGUCCUGAUAUAAACAACAAAUCGAUCUUCCUCAAACCGUGUUGAACUCAAUCUGACUCUUAUGUAGCAACUCAUAAGAAUUCAUUGAUUAUAUAGUAAGACCUCGAGUUAACAUGGGUUCCAUACAGCAACACAUCACAUGGAAAUGGUUUGUAAAUUUAAGAAUUUAGUGGUGUACUGAUCAUUGACAAAAUCACUAUUUGCUUGAAUAAAACUGACUUAGAGCACAACAAUGUUGUUUUUUAUAAAGUCAAACCUAUAAUUACCAUUAAAAUCAAGUACACAAGAUACAGUCAUGGUUUAGGUAUAUUUCUGGUCUAAUAGGUGAUUAUGAUCAUUCUUCCACAUGAACCACUAAUAUCAUCUUUCCAACCCACCCCAACUCCAAUUUAAUGCCAUCUCAUUUGCUAACAUUUUUAUUGAACAAUGUAAAAGUGGAGGCCCACACGUGAAUUCAAAUAUGUAAAAAGAUACUCAGUCACACAGGUGUUGUGACUGAAUUCUACUGUGCAUGCAUUGGAGUAAAACAAAAUGGAAUGGCAUUCAUAAAGGUGAGGAGAGAUGCAAUGGCAGCGAUCCUGUGGACAGCGAGUGUUUUUCUUAAAGAGCGCACAGACCACUACACUACUUCUAUUAGUUUAUGGCCAAUCUAUUGCAUUAAGUACACUACACACACUGUACAGCGUGACAUCACCCUUACAUGGACUUCCUGUGACUGGAGCACCAAGACAGACACACAGUCGGAUACGUGUUCACAUUCACAAAAUGGCUGGACCAACAUCUUGUCUGCAGGACCUGAAGAUUCAACUGAGCCAAGUCAGAGUGGAACACCAUCAUUCAUAGGCUACAU